CUUACCACAAGAACAUAAAAGCCAAAAGGCAAAGUGUUCUUAAUUACACUUAGGUUUAAUUUCUUCAAUCUAUUUUUAUUACAAAUUUAAAAAAAACACUGUAAUGGCUGUUGCUGCUAAGUGUUCAAUCAUUGGUUUCUUCAACAAAAAAGAUUCCAUCAAAUGCUCCUAUUCAUUCACGAAAGAAUCCAUCAAAUUCUCAGCUACUCCUAAAUACGAAGAACUGAGUUCUUCAAUGAAUGGGUGCCAUGGCGAUUCGAGAGCUCCUCUAGGGACCAUUGAGACUCGAACAUUUCCCGUCGCGGCGACGACGGCUGUGGCAGCCGAUCGCUUACAUGCCGCCAUUUUUGAUCUCAAGAAUAAUCCGCCACACGUCGAUUCCGGCAUCAUUCGUAUUCAGGUUCCAAUCGAGCAGAAGAUUGAAUCUCUGGAUUGGCUUCGAUCCCAAGCAGACAGUAGCAGUACUGUUCUGCCACGCUGUUAUUUCUCUGGUCGGGAGCCUGCAAAUAUUAAUAUUAAUAUCCCCAAGAUCCAAAACUUUGACGGUAAUAUCAAUGGCGACCAUGAAAAUGAUAUUAAUUGCAAGAAGCUCCUCAGUGUUGCCGGCCUCGGCUCUGCUGUAUCCUUCCGACAGCUCACUCCUUUCUCUUUGGACGAUUGGCAUUGCAUCAAAAGAUUCCUGUCGAAGAACUCUCCGUUGAUCCGAGCUUACGGUGCGAUCCGCUUCGACGGAAGGUCGGAUAUUUCGUCAGAAUGGGAGGGAUUUGGUUCAUUCUAUUUCAUGGUACCUCAGGUCGAAUUCGACGAGUUCGAAGGGAGCUCGAUGAUCGCAGCGACGAUCGCAUGGGACAAUCAUUUGUCACGAACGUACGAGGAGGCGAUUGGUGCACUUGAGGACACACUUUGGCAGAUUUCGUCGUCGGUUGUAAGAAAGAAAUUAAAUGGAAGAACAGGCGAUGCAGUUUUGCUUCACCAGAGUCAUGUCCCGAACAAAGGCUGUUGGGAUUCAGCCAUUAAUAAAGCUUUGGAGAUGAUAAGGAGGGAAGAUACGUCUCUACUGAAGGUUGUUCUUGCACGUAGCAGCAGAGUUUUGACAGAUGUCGAAAUCGAUCCAUUGGAAUGGCUUAAUACACUCAAAUCUGAAGGUGAUAAAGCUUAUCAGUUUUGCCUUCAGCCUCCCCAGUCGCCUGCAUUCAUAGGAAACACUCCGGAGAGACUAUUCCAUAGGGAUGAACUGAGUGUGUGCAGCGAGGCUUUGGCAGCUACACGAAGAAGGGGUGAGACUGAGCCUUUAGAUCUGCAAAUUGGACAUGAUUUGCUUACAAGUAAGAAAGAUCACGUGGAGUUCACGGUCGUAAGAGAAAACAUAAGAAGAAAGUUCGAGGAGAUAUGCUCCCAAACAAUAGUCGAACCGAGCAAAUCUCUCCGGAAACUUCCACGUGUUCAACAUCUUUAUGCUAAGCUCACCGGAAAACUCAAGCAAGAAGACGAUGAGUUUAGAGUACUGUCUUCUCUUCACCCAACUCCAGCUGUCUGUGGCCUUCCUGCAGAAGACGCUCGACAACUGAUCGCAGAUACAGAGAUGUUUGAUCGAGGAAUGUAUGCUGGGCCAGUUGGAUACUUUGGUGGUUCUGAGAGUGAAUUUGCUGUGGGAAUAAGAUCAGCUUUGGUCGGAAAAGACAUCGGAGCAUUGCUCUACGCCGGAACCGGAAUUGUCGAAGGAAGCGAUUCUUCCAUGGAAUGGCAGGAGCUCGAGCUCAAGACUUCACAGUACACAAAAUUGAUGAAACGUGAGGAGACGGCUUCGAUGAAGGAAACUGUACAUCUGUAAAUGGGAUCGACUAUCGAAUCGAAUAAUUUUAAGUGAUUAAUUCUUAAUGUGUUCAUUAAUUGUAAUCUGGUGGGGUUUAGUCUUGUUAAAUUUUAUUUGCCUUAAAAUUAUAUAUAUAUAUAUAUAUGUUCACACAUUUAUUUCUUUGUUGUAUGGAGGGAUCAUGGAGGAAUGGAUUUCUACUUGAAUUUACCUCACUGAAAUAU